AUGGGAAAACAUCAGAAAGUUGAAGUAAAUGAACGCCUGAGGUUCAGCAAACUUGUGGUGAAAGAUGGUGAAGAAGAAGACGACAAAUAUCAUGAGGUUGAUUCUGAUAUCUCAGUUGCAGGUUCUGAAUUUGAUUCCCCCAGUCCUGUAAAGAAUGAUGAGAACAAACACGAUGAUGGUGAUAAAAUUAGCAAUAUAAUGUCAAGGCUUAAGAUUCUAUCAAUCGAAAAGGGAAGACACCCCAUCAAACAGCUUCCAAAUUCCUCUGAUUCGGUUAUAAAUGAAAAGUUCAAUCAACAGAAGCCGGGUGGAAUCUUUAGUAGUAAUCCAAAAGUUGUUAAUGAAAAUACUUUUCCAGAGUUUCAAAUAUCGAACAAUGACAUAAAUAAUUCCACUUCAGGAGACGAAUUACCAUUUUCUUUUAGUGAUCCCAAGUUCGAUUUUUUGUUACCUAGUAAGAUUGCAAACAUGUUAUACCCUCAUCAGCGUGAAGGUUUGAAGUGGCUUUGGUCUCUUCAUUGUAAAGGGAAAGGUGGUAUUUUGGGGGAUGACAUGGGCCUUGGGAAGACCAUGCAGAUAUGUAGCUUUUUGUCGGGGCUAUUCCACUCAAACUUGAUAAAGAGGGUAUUGAUAAUUGCUCCCAAGACAUUACAACCCCAUUGGAUGAAAGAACUAGGUGUGGUUGGUCUUUCAGAGAAGACAGGAGUAUUCUUUGGGACUUGUGCAGAAGCUCAACAAUAUCAGCUCCAACAUAUACUCCGGGGUAACGCUAUUCUUCUCACAACUUAUGAUAUUGUUCGUAAUAAUAUCAAGUCUUUAUCUGGAGAACAUGAAAAGAUGGAGGAGGAUGCUAUUACCUGGGAUUACAUGAUUCUUGAUGAGGGACAUCUCAUAAAGAAUCCUAGUACACAAAGGACUCAAAGUUUGCUUAAGAUACCUUGUGGUCAUCGUAUAAUAAUGAGUGGCACCCUGCUGCAAAAUAAUCUAAAGGAACUGUGGGCUUUGUUUAACUUCUGUUGUCCAGGGCUUUUGGGUGACAAGAUAUGUUUUAAGCAUAAAUAUGAGUUGGAAAUCCGUCGGGGAAAUUACAAAAAAGCAUCUGAUGAAAAUAAGCGCAGGGGUUCAGUUGCUGCAAAGGAUUUAAGAAAUUGCAUUCAGCCCUAUUUUCUCCGACGUUUAAAAAGCGAGGUGUUUCGUGAUGAUGAUGCUACAAACACUGCUAAACUUUCUAAAAAGAAUGAGAUAACUGUGUGGUUAAGAUUGUCGGGUUUCCAGCGCCAAUUAUAUGAAGCCUUUUUGAAUCGUGAGAUCGGUUCACCUUUGGCUGCUGUCUCGAUAUUGAAAAAGAUAUGUGAUCAUCCACUUCUCUUAACAAAGAGAGAGGUUAAAGAUGUACUAAAAGGAUUGAAAUCAGUGCUAAAUCCAGAAGAUCAUGCGGAUGCUGCAGAGAGAUAUGACACUGGGGAAAAUCAUGACAUCCUCUCAUGCAAGAUCUCAUUUAUUAUGUCUUUGCUGGGUAAUCUUAUUCCGGAAGGCCAUAAAGUUCUUAUCUUUUCCCAGACUCGCAUAGUGCUUGAUCUUAUUCAGGAUGCUCUUAAUGCCAAAGGUUAUAAGUUCUUACGGAUGGAUGGUACUACCAAAGAUAGUGAAAGAUUAAAGAUUGUCCACGAUUUUCAAGAGGGUGUUGGAGCUCCGAUAUUUCUUUUGACUACACGAGUUGGUGGUUUGGGUCUUACCCUAACAAAGGCGGAUCGGGUCAUUGUGGUUGAUCCAGAUUGGAAUCCAAGUACUGAUAAUCAAAGUGUUGAUCGUGCAUAUCGUAUUGGACAGAAGAAGGAUGUUAUUGUAUACCAUUUGAUGACUUGUGGUACCAUUGAAGAAAAGAUAUACAUAAAACAGAUAUACAAAGGGGGUCUAUUCAAAAGUGCUACCGAAGACAAAGAGCAAAUUCGCUAUUUCGAUUAUUGGGAUCUUAAGGAGCUUUUCAGUCUCCCUGAGCAGGGUUUUGAUGUUUCUCUAACUCAGCAACAGUUACAUAAAGAGCAUGAUUCUGAACACGAAAUGGAUUCAUCUCUCUCAGUUCACAUAAAGUUUUUGGAAUCUCUUGGUAUUGCUGGUAUUAGUCACCACAGUUUGCUCUUCUCCAAGACCACUCCAGUGCCAAUCAUGCAAGACUAUGAACUUAGAAGGAUCAGGCAAUCAAUGUAUCCAGGCAACACAUUUUCACACUCCACACGUGAACGAAACAUGGAUACUCGCUCUCGAUUUUCUUUCAAUCCAAAGGAUUAUCCCGUUAAAAGGAAGAAUCUCUCCGGGUGUAUUUCCAACAACCUGCCAGAAUCAGAAAUCAAACACCGAAUUAACCUAUCGAAUAUUUUUGCAAACAAGAAUGACAAUCCAGGUCCUUCUGAAACGUGGAACCAAUCUUGGGCACAUAUAACAGCUUCUCUUAAAUUAUUGCAAAAUGGAUCAAGAACACGACCUUCUAUGCUAAAAGUGGACUCCAAAGCAACCGUAGAAACUGGUAUUGCAAGCACAUCUCGUGACAUCAUACAAAGAGUAAGGAAAUGGUUUCAAACUUAUCGAAGAAAAUAGAGAAAUAGAUUGGUAAUAUAUCUAUCUCUAUAAUUGGUGGUUUUAAAAGUAUCAUGAGUCCUUAUGUUCAAUUCAUGUUCCACUGUACAUGUCUUGUGAUGUUGUAAAGAUCAUGGCUAUUUUGUAUACUUUUAUGCAAUCAGGUAUGUUUACAUGUAAGGUAAGCUUGAUGUUUAUAAUCAUGGAUUUAAAUUUAA